AAGCUGUUAAUUAUCAAGACCCCACGCCAAUUCCCUGGGAAAGCCUGGCUUCACUAUGACAUUGCCUUUUGUAGGGAUGCAGCAGUAUCUGGUCUGACAGAUUGGUCCCACAUGAAUCUGGAUCUUUACAAUUUUCAUACUCACACUUCAACCAUUCAGUCUGGCUCCUACGCAAAUGUCUCACCACAGCCCUUUUGUUCCUCUGCCAUGUCGUCCAAUCUCUGCCAUUCAUGGAAUGAUGGUUCCUGCUGUUGGCCCUUUGGUCAGUGCCACUACCGUCACUGCUGUGAGGAGUGUGAAGGUGACCACCCCGACAUUAACGUCCUUUUUAGGCAUCCAGGUCACAUAUACUUCAGUUUUUCCCACACAGUGCUAGGAUGGUUUUCGUCUUAUCUUACUGGUCGGAUACAAUCUGUUACUAUUGGUAACACAACAUCUAGCAGUCAGAGAUUAGAAUUUGGAGUUCCGCAAGGUUUGAUGAUUGGCCCCCUCUUGUUUACCCUUCAUACAGCACCUAUUCAAAACAUGAUCUCUGCUCAUAACCUAGAUUGUAUGUUCUACGCAGAUGACUAUCAACUCUACAUAACUAUUGACCCUCUUGAUCAAUGCCCUGCCCUCAACACCCUUCAGAAGUGUAUUAGUGAAGUUAUAGAAUGGAACACCAUCAAUUAGUUAGUGUGCAAUCCUAAUAAAACAGAGGUCUUUAGAUCGCGUUUGUAAUCAUGGUGUCAAACUAGAUAGAGAGCUCAAUCUUAGUCAUCAUGUUAAUGAAACAUUCAAAUAGGCUAUGCUAGUGAUUUGAUUCAUUAGCAGAUUGAGGAAGUAUCUGAGUAAGGAUCACCUUAAGAUAAUGAUCAAUGCUUUUGUUAAGUCAUGCUUGGAUUAUUGUAACAGUUUAUACUGUGGCUUACCAAAUGGAAAUAGACAAGCCACAACGUGUUCAGAACUGUGCCGCACGCUUGGUUUCAGGAACAAGAAGAUCUGACCAUAUAACUCCUGUCAUGAAAGACUUGCACUCGCUUCCUAUUGGCCAUUGACGUACCGAUUUUAAAACACUGCUUUACACAUUUAAAAUUUUAAACGAUUUAGCUCCUUACUAUUUACCUUCACUCCUUCUCAAAUACUAGCUGGCUCAUUUUCCCCGCUCAUCUAAUAGAUUGCCUUUCCAAAUUCCUUCUGUUAAUAAGGUGACUUAUGGACACUGCUCAUUUUCAUAUUAUGCACCGAAAAUCUGUAACAGUCUACCAAAUCAUAUCAAAAACUCUGAAUCUGUUUCUAGUUUUAAGCAACAUUUGACGCAUAAUUACUGUACAUAGUCUCAUUUAGACUUUAUUUACUAUUGUAAGCACAUUGAGAAUUCUUUAAAUGCACCAUAAAAACCUAUUAUUAUAAUUAUUAUUAUUAUUAUUAUUAUAGUCAGUGCUCCCACUCGGCUACCCCAACUUGGAGUAAGCACCAACGGCGUUAACAUGGUGACCAUCCAUCACAGUGGCACUUGUCAAAAGGACCUUGUACAUAGUUUAAAUACAUUAUUCGUCACAAUUGGCUUUGGUUUUACUUCUGAUUGGAUGAAAAGGUGGCGCGAAUCUUUUAAGCCAAUCGCAUCGUGUAGAAAGUGCAAAACCAAUUACUUUUCGACACUCAAAUGAAAACCGCUCUAUUUACUAUUGUAAGCACAUUGAGAAUUCUUUAAAUGCACCAUAAAAACCUAUUAUUAUAAUUAUUAUUAUUAUUAUUAUUAUUAUAUUCAGUGCUCCCACUCGGCUACCCCAACUUGGAGUAAGCACCAACGGCGUUAACAUGGUGACCAUCCAUCACAGUGGCACUUGUCAAAAGGACCUUGUACAUAGUUUAAAUACAUUAUGUCCUCUUCUAUCUGAAGACAGUUUGUUCACCGUUUCUGAUAACGCUUCUCUUUCAUUACUGAUUUACCUGCCAUGUGUCAGUUCACGUCUGUACAUAGUGUAAAUACGUCACAUUCAGUUCAGGCCUCAAAUGAUUUGUUGCCAAUGUCAGUGAAUGCUGCUCUUUCAUUUGAAGUAUUACCUGCCCAGUGCCAGUUAAUGACAGCCUUUUCUCCUGGCUUCAAGUUGUCCUCCUUCCCUCAGUCGGUGCGUCAAGAACUGGUCCCUCCAUCCAGGGUUACCCCAAUCGAUGCCCACAAACUUCAGCAUGAGUUAUGCCUUCACCCCAAUCAAGCGUUGGUGGACUAUGUACAUGUAAUUUCUGGCUCUGGUUUUCGUCUUGGCUUCAACCCAGAGUCUGUCUCCUUAAAACUGGCAAGUCAAAACAUGCGUACGGAAUUUCUUCAGCCUUCGGUAAUUGACCAGUAUCUCUGCACAGAACUUGAGAAAGGUUGCAUUGCUGGUCCCUUCUCAAUCUCUCCUUUACCAAACCUUCACAUCAGUCACUUUGAAAUAAUUGCAAAGAAAUACCAGCCCGGCAAAUAGCGGCUUAUUUUGUACUUCUCUAGUUCCCAAGGUCAUGGUGUCAAGGAGGGUAUUCCCAAAGACCCGUUUUUAGUUCAGUACAUGAAGGUUGACAAUAUCAUUGAAAGCAUCAUGACCCAUGGUCGGGAAACUCGUUUGGCUAAAUUUGCUGUAGAAAGUGCAUAUCAUAUCAUUCCUGUCCAUUCUCAUGACUGUUACCUAUUAGGCAUGAAAUGGCGGUGGGAAUACUUCAUCGAUUUGGCCCUACCCUUCAGUUUACGUUUUGCUCCUUUCAUAUUCUCUUCCUUUGCUGACCUGCUUGAGUGGAUUCUAAAACACAAUUAUGAAGUACAAUUUCUAUUUCAUUACUUGGAUGACUUCCAUACCUUGGGCCCUCCUGACUCUCCUGUCUGCCAACAAAACCUGGAUAUCUGUGUUUGUCUGUUUUCAGAGUGGGUUAUUUUUUCCUCCACCCUGGUAAGCUUGAGGGCCCUUCUACGUGCCUGACUGUCCUGGGCAUCGCGUUGGACUUGAUGGCCUAUGAGCUAGCCUCCCUCAGGAGAAGUUUGAUUGUACUGCUGCUCUUUUGGACACCUGCAGGUCUUCCAAACAGCACUGCAUGAGAAAGGAACUGGAAUAUCUAAUGGACUAUCUCCAACAUGCUUGUAAAGUGGCUCCACCAGGCUGGACAUUUUUGCGUCAAAUGAUUAAUUUGCCUUUCGGCGGGAUGACCACCCGAUCAGGCUGAACCAUAAGUUUCGUUUUGACCUUACCUGGUGGAGAGAAUUUUUCCAUUCCUGGGAUGGUUUCAGAUUUCUACUUUUAAUGCAGUGGGCACCUCUUCCUGACUUUCACAUCUCCUCAGAUGCUGCUGGUGUACAAGGUUAUGGGGCCAUUUUUAAUGGCCGGUGGUUUGUUGGUGAAUGCUCUGCUCAACAACCUUUGUCUAUUGCAUAAAAGGAAUUAGUAAAAUCCAACUAGUGGUAUCAAUGCUGCAUUCUGAUUGGUUGAGCUACUACUUGGCUAUAUGUUAUAGCCCACUAGUAACGAAAAGUGCGGGCUUUUGCGGCCGCAAAAAAGGAUUAAAGUCUAGCUCUAACUAGCUAAAAUUUUUUUAUUCUCAAUAUUUUUGAUCAACUAGUUGGAUUUUACUAAAAUAAUUAUUCCUCUCGCCCUUAUGGCCUCUGAGUCAAUAGUCCAUUCGGCCUUCGGCCUCAUGGGCUGUAGACUUGGAGCCCAUUCGGGCUCGAGGAAUAAUUGUUAAUUAUUAUUCCCAAUGGAGGUGGCCGCUCAUUUGUGGGCCGCAGGCCACUGUGGGGCCAUCUCUGGGUCUCAAAACGUGUUGAGUUUCGUCAUGGCUGUGGUCAGUGUCUUGCACUUGGGCACCUCCAAGGAUCCUAACAUGAUGGUUCUUUUUCGCCACCUGUCGCUAGUAACAGCUUGUCAUGCAGCCCUUAUUUUUCUGCCUGUCAUAUAGCGGGAGGGAAAUUCCAUUGCUGACUCGUUAUCUUGUUUUGAUUUUCAGCGCUUUCGUCUUCCUACACCUCAGGCUGCCCCUGUUGCAAAUCCAGUACCUCCAUCACUGCUAGCCCAGUAUCCUGUGGUUUGAUGGGAAAACAAGCCCUAGGAUUUCAUGGUGACGUUCGUUUCCGGUACUGUGUUGUUACCAUGAUCUUUAAAUAACGGAACCAAAAAAUAGUUUCCCAUUGACAUGUCCUGAUAUAUUCAGACUGAGAGAGAAAAAAAUACACAAAUAAGUACUUUUCCACUCAGGUUCACUCGACAGGUUCAUGCCUCUGCCCAGCACCAGUUUUGGGAAUUUUGGAACCAGGACGUAUUUUUCAGACAGUCGGAGUGGGCCUCCCCUGCCCGCCGGCAAACAAAUGUUGAUGCGCUUCUGUACCCACUUAGUGGAUCGCCUUCAUCAUUUAUCCAUCAAAGUCUAUUUAUCAGCAGUUCGCUCCUUACAUAUUUAUUGACUACGGCUUCUCUGACCCACUCCCUCAUUGAUUGUCUUCAACUCCAGCAUCUCCUUUGUGGGAUUAAACUCCACCAGGGUUCCAACUUGACCCACUGGGAGUCGGCCUCCCCUGCCCGCCAGCAAACAAAUGUUGAUGUGCUUCUGUACGCACCUAGUGGAUCGCCUUCAUCAUUCAUCCAUCAAAGUCUAUUAAUCAGCAGUUCGCCCCUUACAUAUUUAUUGACUACGGCUUCUCUGACCCACUCCCUAUUGUCUUCAACUCCAGCAUCUCCUUCAUGAGAUUAAACUCCACCAGGGUUCCAACUUGACCCAGCACCAGCUGGUGACAGUAGAUCUCAUGUCUGUUCUACAGAGGUCUCUGGAUCUCGCAAAUCCUGGCAACGUUUUUGAUCCUUCUCUGCAUUUGACUCUUGAUGACAUACAGGUUGAUGCCCCUUUGAAACCUAAAGGUGUGUGCUUGUUUAUCAAGUGCUCCAAGACAGACCCUGCGAAAGGGCUGCUUCGUCCUUCUUGGUCAUGGUUCCACCCCUCUAUGCCCUGUGGUUUCCUUGGUAAAUUACCCUCACCUUCAUGGACUGAGCCCUGGACCUCUAUUUCUUUAUCAAGAUAGCACUCCUCCUUCUAGAUCGAAGCUCUCUGCCUUCUUAAAAUCUACACUACAGUCAGCAGGUGUUCCUGGAAAUUUCUCUGGUCAUAGCUUUCCAGUUGGGGCUGCUACUACUGCUGCCAGCCGAGGAAUUCCUGACCAUCUUAAUAAAACUAUG